AUGGCAUCGUCGCCGCUGUUCGCCGUCCUCUGGCUGGCGGCGCAGUGUGCAGCAGUCGCGCUGGGGCUGAAGCACAGGGACCCAGGCUCACUCGAGCAGCCUUUCGCGCCGACCUCGUUCGCAAGAUUUGCAAGCGGUGUAGCGCGCGAAAGGGAGGAGCAGGUACGAGAAACAGUUAGGGCAUGGUUCUCCGUCGUUGAGCACGAGAUUGCCGAGGUCGGUCCGAUAGAUUAUGCCGACCAGCCAGACGCAUGCUCUCCUGAUGAGACUGCGUACAUCAACGCUGUGAUCCACAUCAGGAACAGAACGUGGAGGCCUACCUGCGGCAAGAUGCUUGCCGAGCCCGACUACGAGUGGGGCCGUGGCCAAUCCCUCGCGCAGAUCUUGGACAAGGUGGUGCCGACGCUCCCUCGAAAUUUGGAGAUCGUGAUCCCCUUCGGGCUGCACGACGGGGUGCAGUCCGUCCCUGGCCUCAACAGCACUCAUCCCGUGCUUGGCACGGCGUACCACCGCCGGUUCUCUCCGUUCGCUGUCCCUUUCGCGCUCGGGUGCAAUCGCUCCCCGACGGGCUACGUGAACACUCCCGUUGUCGGCUGGGACCAGUACGUCAAAACUUAUUUCACAUGCAACUCCACCAUGCCUCGCAUCAAGAAGGCUGUAUUCCGUGGCAAAGCCAUGUCACAUUCGAUGAGGUAUGGUACUUGCAUCAACGCGUGCAAUUUCACGGACAACGGCCGCCUCUAUGUCCAUUGGUUAGGGGAGCAGCGCCCAGACAUUUUUGACACGUCGGUCAGCAACGCAAACGAGUUUAACCCCGAUUUGAAAGUGAGGCCCGCGGAGGAGACAUACGUCGACUUCCCUGACCAGCUCUGCAAUUACCAGGCCGUGCUGAACAUCGGGAACAACAUGGACUGGGCGGAACGCCUUAGGCAGUCGUUCUAUGGCAACGCUGUUAUCUUGCAGCCGGAGGGCGCUCCUUCCGAGUUCUUCAAUGCCUUCAUGGUACCGUGGAAACACUAUUGGCCAGUAGCGGGUGAUUUGAGCAACCUCACGGAGCAGGUGGAGAGGGUAAUGGAGUUGUCCGAUGAAGCUCUGAAUGACAUUUUGAGGGGCCAGCGAAAAUUUGCCGAGGAGUACUUGGGCGAAUAUUUCCAACUGUAUUACAAUAAGAUUGUCAUCGAGGAGUACUUCAAGAGGAAACAGUUGUUCACGCUCAUGAAGAACAAAGGCGUGACACACGUUCCACCAGGGUUUAACUUGACGACGCUCUCGCAGGUUAAUUUCACGCACGGCGAGGAGAUUGUGGUGUCGAGGAAUGGAGAAGCGCGAACUGCGAGGGUCAGUGAGUUUCGCGGCAAGCAUGUGAAACUGCAAUUUACCGACUACAAUCCCAAAUUCGAUUCAUGGGUGUACAAAACGUCUGAUAAGAUCCAGUCCGACGAGAACACCACUUGGGCAAUCGGGGACCACAUCUCAAUGAAGAAGGAGGGUCAAUGGCGAGAUGCCGUAAUCAUAAAGAAAAACAACAUUGGUAAGGUAGAAGUGCAUUUUCCUGAAUGGGACACGAGAUUCGACGAGUGGGUGCCGCAGUCUUCGCAGCGUUUUGAUUCUCUUGGGCAAGCGGUGGCGCAUCUGAGGAUCACUGGCUGUCAGAGGAAGGAUCUGAUGGACUACCUCAGAUGCCCAGACCCGCAGUUUCCGAACCACAAGCAGCCCCGGCCCCUUGGUCGGAAAGGUGCGCGGCGCAUGGCAAGGAGAGACGGGCCCCAUCUGCAGUGGGGAGCGGUGGCGGCGGAACGGCGGCAGGACGGGGACUACGAGCCUGAGGAUGUGCAGCUGAAGGCUCGUCUACGGCUGCGGGAAAGGAAGCAGCAAGAGCUUGCACAACAACAAAGGGAGCAGCAGGAGGCGGAGCAGAAACGGCGGGACAUCGCCGAGCAGCACGAGGCUCGGCUGAGGCGCCUGGAGGAGGAGAAGCGGCAGCGGGCGCUGAAGCAGCGCCGCGAGGAAGAGCGGCGGCGAUCGGAGGAGAUUGAGAAGAUGAAGGUUGAGCAGGAAAGCAGGCGUAAACAGGCGCAGAGGUCGGAGUCGCUGCAGCGCCAGGCGCGCAAGAGGCUGCAGGAGCAGAAAGAGGCGGAGCAGAAGAGGAGGGAAGAGCAGGAGGCCCUGGAGGCUGCGGAGAGGCAGCGGGCCCAGGAGGAGUCGGCGCGCAAGGCCGAGGAACUGCGGCAGAAGGCCAAGCGGCGCCUGCUGCAGGAGAAGAGGGAGGCGGAGCGCAAGAGUGCUGCCGCCGUCCCCGUCGAUGCUGCCGCGAGGGAGUGCGACGGCGACGCGCAGCACCAAGAGCAGGCGCGGAAUCUGCAGCUCCAGGCGCAGGAGCGGAUCCGCCGGCUGAGGGAGGAGGAGCGGCGGAAGAAGAUGGAGAAUCGGGCGAAGAUCGAGGCGGAGGUGGAGAGCCUGGAGGAGAAGGCGAGGAAGGACGCGGAGCUGCUCGCCAUCUCCAAGGAGCGGGCCGCGAAGCGUGCGGCCGAGCUCCAGAGGAAGAGGAAGGAGGAGGAGGCAAAGGUGCGCGCGGAGAAGGAGGAGGCGGACAGGAAGGCCAGGGAGAAGAAGAUGCGCUACAAGAGCCCCUCCGCCAUCGCCGAUCUCAAGGCCAAGGAGCGCGAGGCCUCCCCGAUGCCCCUGUCGGAGGAACAGCGCGCUAAGGCCAGGGAGCUCAAGCGGAUCGAGGCCGAGAGGAUACAGAGGUGGGGAGAGAUCCGAGAUCAGGAAUUGGCGGCGGAGAAGGCGCUGCCCAGUGCAAGGAGCGACUCCCACCGGCCAGGCGGCCGCGGGCGCCCGCCUCGUCCACUGCAGCCAAGCCGUGGCGGCGGUGACGCGGCAGCCGAGGCAGCCGCACCGUGCAGCCCGCGGCACCCCGCCCUCGGCUCUGCCCAGGGCUCGCCGCGCUCCGCCCGAGGCUCCGCCCCGCCGCCGCCCGCGGCGCCCUCCCGCGGCGGCAGCCUCGGCGGCAGCCCGCGAGGCCCGCGGCCGGGCACGGGCGAGGGCGGCACCCCGAGCGGGCGCCGCUCCGAGGCCGCCUUGCCGGGCGGCUGCCACCCAUACGAGGUGUUCCACGCCCCCUUGGCCGUCGAGGAGACCCUGCUGCGCAGCGGCGCGGCCUCGCCGCGGGCGGCGACGCCGAUCGGCGCGCCCGGAGGCGCGGCGACGCCGUUGGACUCGGCCCGUGGGGGGGAGCUCGACUCGAGCUCCUGGCUGGUGGAGGGCGGCGCGGGCGAGGCGCGCGGCGGCGAGGGCGAGGAGCCCGGCGGGACGCCCGACGAGGUGGAUGGGGCGGCCGUCGUGGAGGCGGUCGCGCAGGAGGAGGCCGAGGCCGAGGCCGAAGCUGGCGAGCCGCCCGCGCCUGCCUUCUGCCCCGCGGCUGCGCUCGCGGAGCUGCAGGCCUCGAACGCCGAGUUCCUGGAGGCCGCCGCGGACCUGGAGGGGGAGCUGGCGCAGGAGAAGCGCGCAUCUCUGCUCGACCCAGUCACGGGCGCCGGAGUGCAGGCAGAAGUGGCCAGACGUGAGGAGGCAAAGAGCGCUGGUGGCCAGCACGAGCAAGGAGAGGCCAAGAAGGUGGCCGAAGACGAAGGUGGGGAAACAGAGGAGGAAGAGCAAGAAGAGGAGGACGAUGCUGAUGAGGAGGAAGAGGAGGAAGGCAAGGCCAGCAAGGUCGCCGAUGACGCUGGUGAGGAGGAGGAAGAGGAGGAAGAGGAGGAGCAUGAUGAAACAGAGCCAGGUCGCUUCGAAGACAAGGGUGAUGACGAGAGGGAUGAAGAGGAUGCCGUGGACGACGAGAAAGGUGAGGAGGAUAAAGAUGAAGAGGAGGAAGAGGAGGAAGAGGAGGAGGAGGAGGAGGAGAAGGAGGAGGAGGAAGAGGAGGAGGAGAAGGAGCAGGACGCUGAUGCGGCGACGGAAGAGAAAAAAGAGGAAAGGGCGGGCAAGGAUUGCGAGAAGCAGGGAAAAGAUGAGGACAUGGAAGGCUCCGUGUCCAAGGCUCCAGUCGAUCAGGCCACGCAAGAGAGAGCUGAGGCCGAGGCAGAGGGCGCUAGCCAGGAGGACUCCACGAGGCAGAGCCAAACGGAGGCCGCGCGGCCGAAGGAGUUCCUCUUGCCGGGCCACCGGGCCAGCCCGCUGUCGGAGAGGAGCGGCAUUCCCGGCGUCCGGCUGCCUCAGGGCUUCCCCGGCCCUCGUUCCCCCACGGAGGGCGCCGAGGGCUCCACGCCGCGCCGGCGUCCAAGCGUCCAGGACCCCUCGCCGCCCCGCCUCACCUCGCCGCUAGAGGCCUAG